GGUGAAAUGAUGGUGUCAUUGCUGUGGUAUUAUCGACCAGAACAUACAGAGCAAGGUCGUCGAGGAGAUGAUGUGGAAGACGAGAUCUUUGCAUCACGGCAUAAAGACACAAACUCGGUGGCAUGCAUUGAAGACAAAUGCUACGUGCUUACUUUUAAUGAGUAUUGCAGAUAUCGCCGUUGUGUGCGUCGUCUGGAAGAAGGAAUAACUGAACCCGGCCUUGUAGUACCACGGUUGGACUCGUACCCGAGGCGAAGUCGCCAACCUCCUGGCUGUGUUGCGCCAGACAUGGUGUUCUUCUGCCGGCGGGUGUAUGACUACCGGACAAGAAGGAUUUUGAAGAAUCCAGGAUGAGAGGAACAUUUGCAACACAAAGACUUCAAUCAGCAAGACUUUCCAUUAGGUGCCUCUGGCUAAUCCAGCUGAGGGGACAUUUUGUCAAUAUAAAUGGACGCAACUUGUUUGUUCCUUCAUUGGUUCGCCAACCUGUGAAUCACGGCGUGCCCUUAAUCGCAGGGCAGGGAGGAAUAUGUUGCAUAUCGUUUUGUACAGCCAUCUGCUGUAGAUUCACGGAUGUUGCCCUAGACUUUGUUACUCCAAACUAAUAGUUUGUUAGGCAUUAUAAUUAUUAAAUCAACUUUUUGUGAUUCCCAAUUAUAUAUAUUUAUAUACAGUAUACAUAUAUAUUAUUGUUAUAUUUGAGUCAGUCAUGUUACGUUUCCAAAGUGUUUCAAUGGUUCUUCAGUGCUCUGCGUAUCUACCAGGGCACUUCGGGGACAAGGUCCCAGUGAUAUAUGGUUUUUUCCAAAGAUCAUGCUUGUACCAUUGGUCUGAGGGCCCUCCCUUAGAAUAAAUAACUUACUAUUAUUUCUUUAUAUACGUAUAUGUCAUAGUUUGUUCAUUUUAAGUUUGUCUUUCCAGUUGAGUUUAGUUGUAAAUUAUUGUCUAUUUAUUUAUUCAAACCGUCAGAGUGAACCAAACGCUUUCUAGCCUGUGGGAGCAGGAUAGGUCGCAGCUCUCCUUUAAUGCACCUGGCUCUAUUUACAAGUUGUCUGCCACUGAACAUCAAGUACAAAUCAUUGUGUUAGUACACUUUGUAUGCAUGUUGCUUAUGAAUUUUUAUUGUGAAGUUAAAUCAGUUUGCAGACAGCUAUAAUUUGUCCUUUUAAGCAAUUUAUUUUUUAGUUGAUACUGUAGAAUUUCUCUCUGUAGGAGAGUUUAGAGAAAAAAAAGAUUUUAAAAAAUUUAUAAGGUGUGGUUCAUAAUUUUUUUAUUUUCUGGGUUUUUUUGAUUGAGGUUUAUUGGUAUCUUUAACAUUUUGUUACCUUUUAGAGAAAUUUGUAAAGAUUUCAAGUAAUCAUUGUUAUGAUGUUGUGGAAUAUAGAAAAGAGAUUUUCCUUUUUGUGUAAGAGUAAAGAGCAGAGCCAGGUGGAGAAAGGGUAAGCUUUCGACAUGCAUAUUGUAAUAUAAUGUAUCUUGUUUUGUUUCUGAAAGGAAUUAUGAUUGUAAUUGAGGUAUGAAGUUGAUUCGUGAAGUCUCUUCCAAGAAUGGCAAAGUGUUUCUUUUCCUACCAAUUCAACAAAGGACAUCUUCACACAAGGUGUACAGUGGUUGUGAGAGCUGCACAUGGAACCCAUAAGGACACUCGUCAAGAAGUGUCUUAACAGGAUGACAACAUUGAGAAUGAAGUACUGCCAGUGCUUAACUUCAUUUCUGCAGAAUUUUAUUUUUGACAUCAUUUGCAAAGAAGUGUUGAUGUUCAGAUAAGAAUCAUGAAUUUCUGUGUUGUGCUAUUGAGAAACAUUUGGUGUGAUCAAACUGCUUCAGGGUGAAGUGUGCAAAGUGAACAUGAAGCAGAAGUGUGAAAUCGUACUCUCACAACCUCAUGCACCUUCCUGGAGUGAACAUUGUCUCCAAUCGCCCCUGCUUGUAGCUAUUUGGGUGGAAGGGUACCUUCGUGGACCCUCUCCAUCCAAUCUCCAAUCUGUCAGCUUGCUGUGUUUUGCAACCUGCUCUCCGCUGUAGUACCAACGCUUCCUGUUUCCUGUUGCUAUCGCUGCAACUUGAAAAGAGUAUACUUCAUAAUGGACAAAUCUUGAGGAGGAGUUUGAAUAAGAUGAGGAUAUAUACAAAUAUAUAUAUACAUAUAAAUACAUACACACACACAUAUAUAUAUAUAGAUACAUACAUAUAUUUUUAUUACCGGUGUGCGUGUUUCCGUGUGACACUUCAAUUUCUACCAUGGCUGAUGUGCAGAUGUUCGGUUCAGCAGUUCUGAACCUGGCACGAGGCGGCACUGUAGGUAGGAUGUACUGAUGUUGAUCUAAGCAGAUUCUAAAUUAUGUAAGUGAUUAUCAUACAACAUCAGACAACCUCUUGAUCUGGCAAUACAUCAGCUGGUUUCUUUCUUACUGGAAUAUUCAUUUUUCUGAAAAGUGAAUUAUUGUAAUUGCAGUUCAUGGAAAAAUACUUCUUUGAAACUUAGCCCAAUCAGAAUGCAUUUUUAUUCAUAGUAUCACAAAUUGGAAGAUAGUUUUAACCAUAAGAGUUUUUUUAAACUCUAAUACUAUAUUUAGCUUUGAAUAGUAAUCCAUGAAGGUUCAAAACUUACUAAGGUGAGGUUCAUUCACCAAAUAAUUCACAAUGGAUGUAUGAAAUUCUUUUCCAUGAACUUGUAAGCAUAACAUUGAAAAUCAAACUAUAUUUUGGUUUGAAGGAGAAACUUGGCAAGUUUCCAUGAAUGUUCUGUAUUUGCAAUCAGUAAUGUUUUUCAGGAAUUAUUGAAACAAUGUGAAAUUUUAUUUAUCUGUGCUUGUAGAUUGCAAUGUUGUCGUUGUAUGUGAAGAAUUGUUAAUGAUUUAAAAGUCCGGAAAAUUUGGAAAUUUCUUAUGUUGAAAUUGAAAAUGUAGGUUGUUUCAGGGAAAAGAAAUAUUGCCACUGAUUUAAUAUUUUCUCGAGUUAAAUAGCAUACUUUAUAUUUGCAGAACGUAGUUCCCCCUGAAAGUUCACUCCUACAGAUUAUUCUGUGUCGUAUGUGUUGUCCAAUAAAGGACUUAAUAUUAUAAAAAUAGAUAAUACUUGCUUUACCUUUUCAAACAUGAACAGCUCCUUUGUGAACCUUCGUGCAAUAAUGUCAUUAAAGAAAGAAGCAUCUGUUGGAGAUGACUAUAUGUGUCUGCUUUUGAUGUUGAGAAACCAGCUGUCAAUUGAAUUGUUAGUGGAAAAUUAUUUUUACGAAGUAAUGUGGAUAUUUUGUCAAAUGGAAGUAGACUUUUUGUCUCCCACUCAUGUUAUGUAGUCAUUGCCAAAUCAGAAUAUUUAAAAAAUUGAUUCAUCAAGUACUUAUUCUGUAAAAAUAACAAACAAACUAAAAGAAUCAUUUUGAAACAAGAUUACAAAUCAUGGUAGGGGACAUACGAGUGCUUGUGAUGACAAGAUUACAAUGGUAAAUAUUUUGAAAUACUGGAAACUUGUGAUAGACCAUGAUUAUCGUGCAGUUUUAUAUAUGCACACUUUUAGAUAAGGUUGAGUCCCUGUAAGGUUUCAUAGCAAAGUGGACUGCCGCCUCGUGUCUUACCCUGGCCAACAUAGAUUCCAGACUAGAAGACGCUGCCUUUAAAACUAGUUGUGCCUUCGUACUAAUGCUGGGAGGCAGCGUGAAGCGUGCGGCAUGUGUCGCGUUGCGUGACUAAGUACGUGUUGCGUGACCUAAAGUUGCAUGACGCAGGGGCUCUGCUUCUCGUCAAGUACGCAGGCUGUUCGUUUACUGAUAAUACUAAAUGUUCUUCUCUGAAAAUAAAUAUGUGUGGUGCAUCUUUAUAUGUUUUGUUCAAUUAUUUAUGGAGUAUUGUUU